AUGAAAGUGCAGCUCUACCGCAUGCACACUAAAGGUAUCUUGCCUAUUGCCUCAUGCCUACUGGUCCAGAGGAUGGACUACUUCCGGUUGCAGGCAUUUCGAUAUACCAUUCUCACUCGGCUCCAGCCACUGUGUGUUCGCGCUCGAAAGUUAUUUGCCAAAGCUUGCAAUUUAGGCGUCGAAUUAGAGGACCUCCUCGGAAAUCUGCGACUUAGGAUAAUCGAGUAUCUCACAAGAGGGGCGGCUCGAACUCCGCUGUUGCGCCUUCGCAGGGCAGAACCCCAAUCAUCCAUAAGUCUAGAAGAUCCGGAAAAUAUCUUCCAGAAUGCCGGCCCUGCUUCGACUUCAAGCGCGGCCGUUGCCGCCGCGGCAUCCACUGCCGAUUCAGCCAUGGCACAAUGGGCUAGAAUCUCCUUGAGAGCGAAGACGCAGGAACACGCCAAUGCUAGCCAAAGGGACAAAACCACUCUCUCAAUAUUUAGAGAUAGGACUCUACCUUUCUACAGGAUCAUCUCUCACCCAGAUGUGCUAUCCUCGCUAAUACUGGAGACUUCUGUUGAUACCAUCUACACCUUUCUCUUCGGUCCCAGCGGUCGGCGUGGUCUCCGUGUUUUCCGCUCUACAGCAACUGCUCUAAGUGAAAUGAUUUUUGGACAUCCUUCAAGCGAUGAGGAUGCCUCUACCAUUGCUAUAUCAUCAAGUCUCGCAGUUCUAGACCGCCUAGUCGAGAUCAACCAGAGUGCCCAAAUCAUUGAAGGCUUCACCGCCAUUGUAGAGACAAUCUCUGCUUGCAUUCCGGAGAACAUCAUAAUACCGAAUGUACAACAAAGCCUCACUCGAAUUAGACGUCGCCUUAAUAUCGGCUCUUCGUUGCCCCUCGCAUUAACCCAAUCAACUCCUCAAAAUCUCCUAUCUGCAGCCUUCGAGUUAAGUCAAGACUUACCUGGAAAUCUUUCCAACAAUGGCGCUCGACACGAUAACGACUAUGCGAGCCUUGCCGGACUCCUGGACAGACACUUCCGACUCCUCCGCGAAGACACAGUGGGACAACUACGAGAUGCAGUGCGCGAAGAUGUUACAAGACUAAAACACCCAAACCGGCAUGUACCAACACACCAAGGUCAACAAGGCGUUCGGAAGCUCAUCUAUCACAACAUCCGCUUUUCCCGUUUGUGUAUAGAUCGCAGAAAAGGUCUACAAGUCGUAGCAGAAUUCGACCAACCUCCCCAAAUAAACAAUAAAUCCAUGAAGCAGCGAGAAGACUGGUGGAAAGGAAGCAAGCUUUUGCAAGUCGAUUCGCUGGUCUGCUUCGUCUCUGCAAAUGGUAAAACCAUCUUCCUCUCUGUCUGCGAUCCAAUCUUGCCAUUCCACGGAAGAAAGGACUCCAAUCCAGAAGACAAGAGAAGAUCAAAUGACAUUCCCAGCCUUUUCAGACAAGCGAAUCGUGCAUCUGUGCUACUGGGCCUGGCUGAAUAUAAAACGGAAGAUGCCAUUUGGAUCAGUACUCACAUUGCACCUUCCAAAACUCGACAAUCGCUCGUUGAGUUCCCGGGGGUGCUCCUACCUUCUUUUCAGCCAACUCUACAAGCGUUGCAGAAAAUGAGCCGGAAACUGAACCUUCCAUUCGCGGAGAUCGUAGCACCCGACUCGCAGACUUCUACUGCCGUCAUCAAACCUCCAGCAUACGCUACCAAAAGAGGAUUCAGUUUCAACCUCGACGUUCUCGCCGGCGUACCACUGACUCUCAAACCGGGGCAAUAUUUCGAUUACGCCAAGCUGGACAGUGGAUCUACGCUCGAUAAAGCUCAGCAAUUCGCCGUCAUCCAAGCUCUCAGUACAGAACUAGCUCUCAUUCAAGGCCCGCCUGGUACAGGAAAGAGCUAUACCGGUGUUGCAAUCAUCAAGGUUUUACUCCACAACCGAAAUGCAGCAGACCUAGGUCCCAUUAUCUGUGUAUGCUACACGAACCAUGCUCUCGAUCAGUUGUUAGAGCAUUUAGUGAGGGAUGGCGUGAGGCAAGUCAUCCGCCUAGGCUCACGAUCCAAAUCCGAUUUGCUUCAAAAUCUCACUCUCCGCCAUGUAGCGGAAAAAGCCGUGCCCACGAGGACGGAAAAAGGUGAUAGGUGGGAACACAAUAAGGAUAUUGGGGAAACGCUGCGAGAAAUUGAAGAUAUAUUGUCUGGGCUAAAUAAUCCAAAUUCUUGGACAAACAUCCAAGCCCAUCUUAUGAGCACGCAUAACCGACAUUUCAAGGAACUAUUUGGGAAGGGCGUAGAUGAGGAGGGGUUUCAGGAAGUGAAGGGAAGGAAGUUUAGGGUUGUAGAGAGUUGGCUUAGAGGAGCGCCGAAGAAACUCACUUCGAAUCGUCCUCUUUCUCAACUCUCAGGAAUUUCUCUAAGAGAGAUGUCGGCGUCGGAACGCGGCACUCUUCACAAGCACUGGAUAGAGCAAAGGAGUGCGCAACUCACCAAUGAUCUCAUCCAUGCACUAGAUUCCUACCAUGGUUCCAAAUCCGCGCUGGAUAAAUGUCACAAUGAACUAGAUCUUCGAUGUCUUCGAGAAGCUCACAUCAUCGGCGUGACAACGUCCGGGCUGGCAAGGAACAUUGAGUUGCUCCAGCGCGUGCGAGCCAAAGUCAUGCUUUGCGAAGAAGCUGGAGAAGUUCUCGAGGCACACACCCUCACUGCAUUCCUACCGGGAGUUGAACAUGCAGUCUUGAUCGGUGAUCAUGAACAACUUCGACCCCAGAUAAACAACUACGAGCUUCAACAUGACAAUCCCCGAGGAAAGAGAUAUUCCCUCGACAUCUCGCUUUUUGAGCGUCUUGUCAGGCCGCAGAUGGGGAAUCUCCAGCUACCAUUGAGUACAUUGAAGACCCAGCGACGAAUGCACCCGUCUAUCUCAGAGCUAAUCAAAGUCCCACUCUAUCCGGACUUGCAAGAUCAUCCCUCAGUAUUAGAAUAUCCAGAAGUCGAUGGGAUGCGAGAUCGCCUAUAUUGGUUUGACCACCAGGAAAAAGAAGACCCGCCACCUGCCCAAGCUGUCUCCUUAUCCAAAACCAAUACUUUCGAAGUGGAUAUGAUUGGUGCUCUUGUCUCACAUCUUGUAAGGCAAGGGACAUAUAGGAGUGAGGAUAUUGCAGUUAUUACUCCAUAUCUGGGUCAAUUGCAGAAAAUCAAGAAGCGACUAGCAAAUUCCUUCGAGAUCGUUGUUGGGGAUCGCGAUCAAGAAGAGUUGGAAGCUAAGGGAUUUCAAGACGAACUGGAAAGUUCUGCAGAUGGCCAAGUCCAAGUCCAGAAAACAACACUACUCAAUUCUUUAAAAAUUUCUACGGUUGACAACUUCCAAGGCGAGGAGUCAACAGUCAUUGUCGUCUCCUUGGUUCGGAGCAACGAUGAGCGGAAAUGUGGAUUCUUGAAGACUUCCAAUCGCAUUAAUGUGUUACUGAGUCGUGCACGACAUGGGAUGUACAUCAUCGGCAACUCCGAUACCUCGAGGCCAGUUCCCAUGUGGGCUCAAGUACUCUCUAUUCUAGAGCGCUCAAACAAGAUCGGACCAAGCCUUGCGCUGUGCUGUCCUCGACAUGAAGAAACACCCAUCGAAGUCUCAGUGCCGGACGAUUUCGCUAGGCUCGCCCCUGAAGGCGGUUGUGCUAAGAGAUGCUCGUCGAGACUACUCUUCAUAGCUGCAAAGCUCCAUGCCAUGGCGACAUGCCCUGUCCUCUAUGCGCAGAACCCUGUGGAGUCAGCUGUAAUCAUUCCAAAUGCAGCAAGCUAUGUCAUGAGCCUUGCACACCUUGUGCUGAGGAUUGUUCCUGGUCUUGUCCACAUCGUGGACGAUGUCCAUUACCAUGUGCGGUACCUUGUGAUCUGCUACCAUGCUCAGACCGCUGUGCAAAUAUACUGGCUUGCGGGCAUCGAUAUUUGUGCGCACCCAACAAUCAAGGGACUGGUGGUUGACUUCAUUUUGUCAUCCACUUUCGAAGAGGUCAAUCUUGAUGAGGAUCCUUGCAUCGUGCCAUCAUGUGGACACAUCCUUACCAUGGAGAGCAUGGAUGGACACAUGAGCAUGUCAGAUUUCUAUACUAUGAAUGGCGAAGGGUCAAUCGUGGACCUGAAGAAUAGCGCCGAGCCAUUCUCUGCUUCCGGGAUGAAAAGCUGCCCAACUUGCCGCGGCUCUUUACGAAACGUCAACCGCUAUAGUCGUAUCGUUCGUCGAGCAUUGAUCGAUGAGGCGACAAAGAAAUUCAUCGUCUGGGCUAACAUGAAAUUCGUCCCUUUAGUCACUAAGAUGCAAGCAAUUGAAGCAGGGCUCCGUGAGUCUACUGGAGGCGGCCAAAUGCCUUCCGAUGAGGCAUCGCCAGAAACUCCUUUGUCAGGGCCGCUGCAAUUGAAAGGGAGUCGUGACCACCAAAUCUCCCAGAUCGGAACACUUACGCGGAAAGAGAAACGAUAUAAAACGAUAAUCGGGCUUCGGAGGGAGACGAAGAAGUUUCUGCAACAGGUCAAUGAGAAAGAACAACCCUUUGGCCGCAUUUACGACCUCGUUCAAGACGCCCGCAGACAUCGUGGAAUCAAUAUCGAUUUGCACUCCAAAGUCGACAUUCUUCAAGUACGCAACCGACUUCUAACCACAGUGCUGCUCAUUAGAUGCGACUACACCAUCCUCCUGACUUUCCUCAAUGAUAGAAAAGGCGAGAGCAGCACAAAUUCUCCCAGCGUCCAGGUCGAUUUGAGCCUCAACAGAAAGGAUUGCGAAAAUUUGAUAGCAGAAUCCCACUCAAGAAAUCAACCAGGAAAUAUAGUUGAGGGUCACUUAUACUGGGCACGGUUUCUCGCUCUUGAGAGGAGCCUCGCAGAGCCUGAAUCAGAGCUUACGUAG